AUGGCUCAUGAUGGGCUCAAGGCGCUGUUGCUUGAAACACUUCCUCCGGGGAAGACCAAGGAAUCAAUCUUGGGAUUUUUCCCUGUCCUUGGGAGUAUCAUCAAAGAAAACAAACCGGAUGAACCAGCACAACUGAUUGGAACUCAAACAACCAAUCAUAUCAAUAAUCCGCCUGAUAUUCAGGAUCCAAAUCUUUUGGAUGCUGUCAGCAACUAUGACUUGUGUCGUACUCAUAUCAAGUCUACUAAACUUCUGGAACUAACUCAGAAGCUUGAUGUGGUCAUCAAACAAAUCACACGGUCGGCGGCUCAGCGUUCUCACUUUGCUCAUACGGCUGAAAAAUUGAAGAAAAAUUUUGCACCUUUGAUUGCCGGUUAUGGUAUUCAAUGGAAUAUCAGAUACCAGAGCUACCAGAAGGCAAUGGAUGCUCAUGCAAUCAUCAAUCACAUACUGAAGGAAGGCCAGGAGCAAAAGCAGGCUGGCCUCUUUGCAGAUGUUUUCUUCACCCCUUGA